UGUAAGCUUCUGCAAUGUCACAUUUAUCCCUAUCCAGAGUUGCAUUCAUUUUUCUGCAAGAUCUUGUUUUGAUGAUAGGAGAGUAGGACCACUGCACAAAGUCUUCUCCAGCACAUCCCAAAUAUUCUCAAUGGGGUUAAGGUCUGGACUCUGUGGUAGCCAAUCAAUGUGUGAAAAUUAUGUCUCAUGUUCCCUGAACCACUCUUUCACAAUUUGAGCCUGAUGAAUCCUGGCAUUGUCAUCUUGUAACAUGCCCAGUCCUUCAGGGAAAUAUGAUGGAAUAACCUGGUCAUUCAAUAUAUUCAGGUAAUCAGCUGACCUCAUUCUUUGGGCACAUAAAUUUGCUGAACCUAGACCUAGCACUGCCCCCACAGGCUUGUACAUUAGGCACUUGGCAUGAUGGGUGCAUCACGUCAUCCACCUCUCUUCUUCAUCACCAUCACCAUCACUCUGGAACAGGGUAAAUCUGGACUCAUCAGACCACAUGAACUUCUUCCAUUGCUCCAGAGUCCAAUCCUUAUGCUCCUUAGCAAACUGAAGCCUUUUUUCUGAUUAGUCUCACUGAUAAGUAGUUUUCUUAAAACUACACAGCGGUUUAGUCCCAAUCCCUUGAGUUCCAUUGACAUUGUGCAUGUGGAAAUGCCCUUAUUUCACUAUUAAACAUAGCUGUGAGUUCUGCUGUUGUUGUUUUUUUAUGAUUUGAUUUCACCAAAAGUUUAAGUAAUCGCCAAUCCCGAUCAUUUAAGUUUUUUUCCAACCACAGUUGAUCACUGUUCACCACUAUCCUUCCAGUUUUUAAUAAUUCGUUGGAAAGUUCUUAACCCAAUUUUAGUAGUUUCAGGAAUCUCCUUAGAUGUUUUCUUUGCUUGAUUCAUGCCAAUAAUUUAAAUAAGACCCUUUUGAAACAGAUUAACAUCUUUUCCAUGAACACAGGAACUGUCUUCCGACAUGGCUAGAAAAUGAGAAGCUACUAACUGCAUCAUUUAGGGUUAAAAAACUUUUUUGCCAGCUGAAACAUAAUCAUCCAUGCAGUAAUUAUCCAAUGGGAGGCACUUACCUCUUUGCUUAGUUAAAUCCAGUUUCCUCCGUUUUUGGAACCGUAAGAUGCGUUUAUCCGCUUCCUUACCUUAAACAUACCCGGGCCGGGUAUAUCACACCUGCUUUCUGGAAUACCCGAUUAACUCCCCGAUAGGAAUACAAUCUUAUAAGACCCAAAGCCCCUAUAAUUCUUAGCCUUGGCAGGCAUACGUAUAUGCACGAGUGAAUGAGUGGCUUUCAUUUGUUUUAGUUAAUUGUGUAUUCACGCAUCUCAGUCAACAGAUGGCGCUGUUAGUUUGAGUAAUUGACUGCGGAAUAGCGUUCAGUUUUGAAAGGAAAUUAUGAUUUUGUUUUCAGUUUAAACACACACAUACAAAAAAAACUUUAAUUUGGGAUUAUAUUGAUACUAGCAUAACAAUACAAAAUGUAUCCGCGGGACACCAAUGUAGUCGACUGAGUAGCGUAUUGAUUUCAACAUUGGACUGGAAAUCCAAUCUUCUUUUCGUUGCCGCGGAACACACACAACCGCACAUGCAUCUUCUUCAGUGUAAAAAUUGUAUUUCGCACACACAAGCAAACCCCCCUCCCACCCGUUCGUCCCUCACACCCACUCUCUCUUUCUCUCUCUUAUUCUCCUGUUCAUGCCAUAUCAUGUGCAGAGGAGCCGAAAGUGCACAGAGAACACAACCUGUGCAUUUCACACAGGCAUCCAGAGAAACGCGACCAGAAGAGAGCCUUGUACAGUGAUGCAAUACAGUAAACUGGCAUUGUAACAGGCACGCGCUUUCAGCUUUCCUGACUGCAUUUACACUCCAGAUUUACUCGAGGUGGAAAAAAAGUUAGCAGAGAGACCUUGCCCUGCCUCGCGACCUAUUUCCAUCUACUUUUUAAAGUGAAAAGGCACCGAAGCCAUGCUACAGAGAAAGUAAGUUUUUCCUUUUUGUAUUUUUAAGAUAAUAACCCCCCUCCGGUUUAAUGAAACCAAUGUGCUGAAGUUAUGGCAGCGCUAAGGCGUAAAUUCGGCGAGGACUACCAGGUGGUGAGCACGAACAGAGGCGCGUCUUUCCCCAGCGCACCGGUGAAGAAGAAGCGCCAGCGCUUCGUGGAGAAGAACGGACGCUGCAACGUCCAGCACGGGAAUCUCGGCGGAGAGACCAGUCGCUAUUUAUCCGAUCUGUUCACCACGCUGGUGGACUUGAAGUGGCGCUGGAACCUUCUCAUUUUCAUCCUCACCUAUACCAUUGCCUGGCUGGUCAUGGCCUCGAUGUGGUGGAUCAUCGCAUAUAUCAGAGGGGACUUGAAUCAUGGCCAUGACGCUUCGUACACUCCGUGCGUCGCCAAUGUUUACAACUUCCCGUCAGCAUUCCUCUUUUUUAUUGAAACCGAGGCGACAAUUGGCUACGGUUACCGCUAUAUAACAGAGAAGUGCCCUGAGGGCAUUAUCCUGUUUCUGUUCCAGUCUCUGCUUGGCUCCAUAGUAGACGCGUUCCUCAUCGGCUGUAUGUUCAUUAAGAUGUCCCAGCCCAAGAAGCGCGCGGAGACGCUCAUGUUCAGUCAGGACGCGGUGAUCUCACAGCGAGACGGAAAACUCUGCUUAAUGUUCCGCGUGGGCAAUCUGAGGAACAGCCAUAUGGUGUCCGCGCAAAUCAGGUGUAAACUCAUAAAGUCUCGUCAGACGCCGGAGGGUGAGUUCCUGCCGUUGGAUCAGUGUGAACUGGAUGUGGGCUUUGGAACAGGUGCUGACCAACUCUUCCUGGUCUCUCCCCUCACCAUCUGCCACGAGAUCAAUCCCAAGAGUCCUUUCUUCGACCUGUCCCAACGCUCACUUAUGAACGAGCAGUUUGAGAUCGUCGUCAUCUUGGAGGGCAUUGUAGAGACAACUGGUAUGACAUGCCAAGCUCGUACCUCGUACACGGAAGAUGAGGUGUUGUGGGGUCACCGCUUUCUACCAGUCAUGUCUCUGGAAGAGGGCUUCUUUCGGGUGGACUACUCCCAGUUUCACAGCACCUUUGAGGUUCCCACGCCACCCUACAGCGUCAAAGAAUAUGAGGAGAAAUCCUCGCUCACCUCCCCCCUGGUCACACCGCACCGGGAGCGAGUGUUUUCCAUGGACUGCCUGGAAGCAGGUGAGGAAGGGGCGCACUCUGGAAGCGCUUCUUGCAAGCUACCCACCAAACUCCAGAAAAUGAGCUCGUCUGGUAGAGAAGAUCUACAAAGGAAGGUACUACGUUUGAGCUCGCAGCAGUACGAAAAGGCUUCGAGCACGGGGGACCUUCCUCUUAAACUACAACGCCUCAGCUCCAGCCCUGGGCAGGUUGACGGAGAGGCACGAUUCCACCUCAAAGCCCUCAAAGUUGGUUUCCAACCCAUGGCCAUGUCCACGGGAGACCUCCACCAGAGAAGUCUGCCUCCCACCCCAGCGGCCAUCCCCACACACCCCCACGGUCCUCCACACACACCUGGUGGCCGACCAGAGGACAACCUGCCUGCCAAAUUAAGGAAGAUGAAUGCAGAUCGCUGACCUAGAAGUGCUUUUGAAACUUUCUCCUAAUCUGAGAGCAAUUUUCAGUGUUUAUGUACAGUGAGCAUGGACAACUACAUCCGGAUUAGAGCUAAAUUAUUGUUUUGCUUGGAACUAAAUAAGGACUCUUGUAGAGUAACAGUAACAUGUCAAGGAUUAACUUACUGACUGCACAAUGGAGGAUUGCAGUGGCUUGCACUGCAAAAAAAAUCUAAAUAAAUAAAAAGUGUAUAAAUGUAUUUGUAAUUAGUACUUUUGA